AUGGAUCUAUAUAACCUCAUAAAAGGUCUUACAUUUUUACUGAUGACACUUCUUGGAAUUUUUGGAAAUGCAGUUAUUGCACUGUACUUCCUUGGAAUACUACACCAGAAGCAGAAACUGAAGACCUCAGAUGUGAUCUUGUCAAACCUGCCUUGGACAAAUCUAAUAAUGAUUCUUACAAGAGGAGUCCCCCAUUCUCUGCUUGUGUUUGGAAUUAAAAAUAUGUUUAAUGAUGUCAGCUGCAAGGUUAUUACCUUUGCAUUUAGAGUAUCCCGGGCAAUGUCAAUAUGUCUCACAUGUCUGUUAAGCUGUUACCAGUGUGCAACAGUUGCCUCAUCAAAUCCUAAGUGGUCAUACAUAAAACACAAAAUGCAAACGUUUCUUUUACCGACCUUCAUUUUUCUUCUGAUUUUAAACUCCGCUGUACACAUUGCAGGAGCAAUUAAUGCAUUGUCUGGAAGAAACUCAUCUCGUCUGUUGUAUACGUUUAAUAUGGGGUACUGCAUUGUCGUUUUCCCUGACCAAUUUUCAUUCCAAGCAAAUGGCUAUUCGAUUUUUACUCGAGAUCUAGUCUUUGUGGUACUUAUGACUUUAGCCAGUAUCAAAAUUUUAUUAAUUUUAUACUACCAUGGAAAACGAAUAAGAGGGAUAAAGAAUCCGGAGGAAAAUCCAGAAAGUACCAAGGAAAGCAGAGCAUCAAAAAUGAUUGUUAUAUUGGUUAGUUUGUAUGUGUUUUUCUUUGGGAUAGACAGCACCAUUUGGCUUUACCAAACUACAGUCUCAAGCGAAGUUCAUAUUGUGAUAACAGAUAUUCGCUUUUUUUUCUCCAUAUGCUAUGGAUCCUUUUUUCCUAUUGUUAUCUUAACUUUUAACAAGAAGAUCCGGACUGCACUUAAAUAUUCUGCUAGUGGAAGUCAACAAGAAGAAAAUGAUAUCUCGUAUAUAAAAGGUCACAAUGAAUAA